AUGGCCAACAAACAGCAAGAACUCCCUCUCUUCGCCGUCGACAACACUGCGGACGUCGAGCCCUACCUCUUCCUCAACCAUCCCAUGGCCUUUGUGCCUCUCACCUGCGACGCCAAGGACGAGCACCACUCCGCUCCGCCCUCGCCCACAGCAGAACCCAAGUCGAUUCUCAAACCCCAAACACAUCUCCAACCUCAACACGUCUCCUUCGCCGCCGCACCACACCUCCCCACUGAAGCUCACGCACCACUCAUGGAGCGCAAGCACUCCACCGCCUCCGACGUCUCCGACACGUUCAUGGCUCCUCCCAAGCCUGCUACCGACUUCGAAACCUGCUCGGAAGGCUUCCUCGGAGGCGGCGCCCUCCGACACGUAACUGGCAGCCACCACCUCCGCGAUCUCGCGGAGCUGGCAGAGCUAGACCAGCAGGCCAAGGCGCGAAGGCAGUCGAACCAGAAGGCGGUGCGGAAGCCAAAGGAAACUACUACUGGAUGGAACGUGAUGAGCUGGUGGCCCGAGCCACUCGACGACCGCAUGGAGAGAGAAUGGAGCGAGGAAUUUUACGAUUGA